AUGGCGAUGGGGGUGGUGGCACUCGCGUGUGAUGGCGAUGGUGGCGGUGACGACAAUGGUUGCAAUGAUGGUGGUGAUGAGAGAUGCGGGAUUGGGAAUAAGGAGCAGAAUGAGUGGUAUUUCUUUAGCCACAAAGAUAAGAAAUAUCCAAGAGGAACGAGAACCAAUAGAGCCACCACCAUGGCAGGGUUCUCGAAGGCAACAGGAAGAGACAAGUCAGUGUAUGAACGAACAAAACUCAUUGGCAUGAGGAAGACCCUCGUUUUCUAUGCAGGAAGAGCUCCUAAUGGACGAAAAACUGAUUGGAUCAUUCACGAGUAUAGGCUAGAAUCUGACGAUAAUGGAACUCCACAGGCAAGCAUAUACAUGGCAGGGUUUUUAUAUAUCAUUGGUCGAGAUUUAUCCAGAAUAUCAAGAGAAAAAUUAGUUUAG